AUGGAAACAACAAAACGCAAGAGCAAGGUGUUCCCCGUAACCACCUUUAUCCAUGACUUGCCCGCGUCUCUAGUCCCUCAGCCCUCUUUGCAGCCGUCGUCAAACGGUUCACGCAGCGCCGCUAAACGUCUCAUAUUCGUGGGCGAUGUGCACGGCAUGCGGGAGCCUCUCGUAAGAUUACUUGAUUCGAUCAAAUUCGACCGGAAAAUGGGUGAUCAUCUCGUUUUCGUCGGUGACAUGGUCAACAAGGGCAACGACAGCCCGGGCGUGAUCGAUCUGGCCAUGGAGCUUGGCGCUAGUGCGGUGCGCGGGAAUCACGACAAUGCAGUUCUCGACGCCGCUGGCGCAAGGAGAUAUAGGAGCGGCGAGUGGCUUUCUGAAGCUGCUACUCGAGCUGACGACCCUGUGGAAGCUUCCCCGCGGACUCCAUCAUCUGUCGCUUGCGAGCAGGUAGCCGGCAACGCUGCGGAAUCGGCCCCUCACAGUGAUACGACCAUCAAGACUGCGGCCGCGCUCUCUGCUAGGCAGCUACAAUGGCUCAGUUCAUUGCCUUUGAUACUACGAAUCGAUCUGCGGGCAGAACGCAACUCAUCUCUAGCCAGGAUUGUUGUCGUGCACGCUGGCCUUGUCCCCGGAGUACCUCUGGACCAGCAAGACCCUCACGCAAUGAUGCACAUGCGCAGCCUCGUCGUAGAAAAUGGUGUGUUCGCCGCCGCCGAAGACGAGGGUGAAGAGGGUUGGGCGGCUGUCUGGGAACGCGCCCAAGAGGACCUCGAACAGCAGCAGAGAACUAUGGUCGUGUUUGGACACGACGCGAGGCGAGGACUCCAAGCGCGAAAAUACUCCGUCGGGCUUGACUCGGGGUCAGUGUAUGGGAACCAACUGAGCGCACUGAUUUUGAGCUGCACAGAAAAUGGCUUUGUGCAAAAUGUUGCCCAAGUCGAGACUGUUCAAUCUGUGUCGACUACGUCUCAUGAUACAUCUAAAAGCCUUUCAAGCAUAUGA